AUGAAUUUCGACUCCGGCACUGCCUAUGCCGAGUCGGACGCCGACGACGAGUACGAGCGCAGCGUCGCCGCCAGCUCGCCCGUCCUGGCCACCGACAGCGAGACCUCGCCCAUUGACUCAGAGCUGCCCUCCUCCAACGAACACACGCCCACCACGUACGGCCACCGCAGCAGCGCCGACCGUCUGCCCGAAACUAUCAUCUCGGAAUGGACCGCUGACGACAAUAACCCCACACCAACCUACGGCUACGAGACGACCAUUUCACCACCAGCGCCGACGCCAUCAUCGGCACAGUCCAACGCUGGCCUCAUGCGGCAAUACUCGACCAAGAAGAUCAUGCUCGGCACCCUGCCGCCCAAGAACCCCUCGCCCUCCCCCCUACAGACGCAACACGAACGCUCCAUAGCCGAGCAGACGCUAGACCCGUCCCCUGCCGUCGAGAGGGCGCUGCUCUCCUCCUCCCACCUCUCCGCCAUGAACGGCUCCGGUCCCAACGCCACGUCGCCAAUAUACCACAACUCGCCCAACAUGCCCUCGCCAACGUCACCACCCGUCAUGGGCGGCACGACCCUGGGCUCCCGCUCCUACCGUUCGGAAGCCCCGACACCCUCAUCCCGCACCACCUUUUCCGAAAGCGACUACGGCCACAAGGGCCGCGAGCAGCCCGUGUCCGUACCGCGGCGUGGGCCGACCCCGGCCCCGGACACGCCGAGCACGAGUAAUGCCUCGGUCGAGAUCUUCAAAUCUUUCCGCGUCAGCAUGGACGAUCCCUGCUACAAGGUCCUGCCCGCCGCUCUGAAAAAGUACCAGAUCAACGCACCAUGGGACCAGUACGCGCUCUACAUUGUCUACGGCGACCAGGAACGAUGCCUCGCCCUCGACGAGAAACCCCUGAUCCUCUUCAGCAGCUCGAUAAGGAGGGCAAAAAGCCCAUGUUCAUGCUGCGCAAGACGAACAACGCACAAGCUGACGGCGACCAACCUGGGAGGGCAGGGCCUCGGCACAGGGUCGUCAAGGGGCGGUACGCCGUAUGAUCCUCCAGGAGGCAUCAUUAAGCGUCCUGGGACCUAG